AUGCUCCAAGUAAAUAUCUCUAUCUCUUAUCUAUGGCGUAUGUCAAAGUCGAUGACGAUAUCAACUCGUGUGUUUGCGUUUUCCUCUCUGUUUUCCGUGUACCCGUGUUUCCUAACUUUGUGCAUGGAGUGAAGUCGUGACGUGUGGACAUUGCUCGUGGGUCACUCGAUUUUUUGUGAAGUUCGGGAUUAGAGGCGUAGGUAGUUGACUUGUUGGAUGCUGAAUUUUAAAAAUGUUUGCUUCUGACGAGCAAUGUAUAGUGAAUAUUUCACCAUGGGAAACUUUACAAAUUCACGCCUUCUCUUUCUUGUGUGGCUUAUGGGUUGUCGUGAAAAGUGCCGCAAAGUGGGGUUGGAAGUCAAAAAACAGUGGUCAUCAGCAGAAAAGAGACACACCACCACCGUGUUUGGUUGACACAUCAUUAGGCAGUCAUUUAUAUGUCAAAUUAAAGGGUGUUAAGUUACAUUAUGUUGAAAGUGGGGACAGGACAAGCCCAGUUGUAUUGCUGCUACACGGAUUCCCAGACUGCUGGCUAAGUUGGCGGCACCAGAUACCCGUCCUAGCAGACCACUUCAGGGUGGUAGCAUUGGACUUGAAAGGAUUUGGUGAUUCUGACAAACCAGCAUGGAGGAGUAGCUAUCGUGUCGACACACUGCUGGAAGAGCUGAAAGACUUCAUUGGUGCGCUGGGAGUGAACCGCUGCACUGUGAUCGGCCAUGACCUGGGAGGCCUAUUAGGGUGGUACCUUGUUCAUCGCUACCCGGAGCUGGUAGAAAAGUUUGUUGCAAUAUCGUCUCCACAUCCGAAUGUUUACUGGGGCAGCCUUCCUUGUGCCGGUACUUUCAACAAGCGUUGGGUCCAGUUUAGCCAGCUGCCAUAUUUACCAGAGAUGGAUGCUUUGAAGGAAGAUCUGAGCAUAAUAAACCAGUGUUUCAAUCAUCUCCACAAAACUGGCAAGACGGAGAGCUACGUUGAGGCGUACAAAUAUGCAUUCUCUCGCAAAGAGGACUGGACGGGGCCCAUCAACUACUUCCGAAACCUCCCCUUCAAGCGGGUGCACACGGACGGGGAGCCCACCCUCGCGCCGUGCCUGCUGAUUGUCGGCAACAGGGAUGAGUUUGUGAGCCUAGAGAGCAUGGUGAAGUCCACGGACUACACCUGCAAGUUCCUCUUGAAGAUCGUGGACGGGGGCAGUCACUUCCCCCACCAGGAGCUCCCGGACGUGGUCGACAAGAUGCUCCUGGCGUUCCUAGUGGCUCCGCCGAUUCCCGCCCAGCGGCGGGAGAAGUCCCCGUCGAAGAGCCUGGUGAACCGGAUGUUCGGGGCGGUGAGCUCGACGGUGAAGUACGGCAACCAGGUGCUGGACUCGGUGCAGCGGAGGACGAGCGUGGUGGUGCCCCUGGCCCUGCAGCUCGGCCAGGCCCAGAGCUGACCGCCGGCCACCGUCGUCUCGCCCGGCGUUUUGGACCCUCGUCGCGAGUGUGUGUCUGCAGUGCGUUGCUGCGCUCCGGCAAUCGAGGAAUACUGGAGAGUUCGUCAGUCAACUGCACAGAUUCACAGGACUCUUGUCGGAAGUAUUUCAACAGACACAUGGGCAUCUUAUUUGUAGUUCUAGUUGGGUGAAAAUAGUUUAUAGUUAAGAUAAUUUAUUACCAUCACAUUCUAUAAUAAAGAGUUCAGUUAUUUUAUACAUUUUAUUAUAAUAUACAAAAUCUCAAAUGUGUUACAGUAUAUUUUAAUGAAUCUCUUUGGUAAUAUGAUUUGUUAGUAAUAAACUGUAUUUAUAUUGUGUAUUAAUUUUUCUUUAAACUUAGAAGGUUUUUAGCUAUAUGUACACGAAAAAUACAAAGAAAAAUAUAUAAAUGCCAAAUACUCAUAUUAAGACUGAUGUUGAUAAAAUUCUGAGAAUAUUAUUGUACGUUGUUUUACAAACUAUAAAUUUGUUGAUACAAAUAAAAAUAUUUAUAUGUUUCA